GGGCGCUGUAACCAAAACAGAUUGCACGUGUAGUCAAGAUGGAGGACAAGUGGGAAACGCUUCCCGUUUCUCUCAGCAAAUCAACCCACAAAUCGCUGGAGAAAAUGGGCUUUGAUCGCAUGACACCUGUGCAGGCAGCAGCGAUCCCUCUCUUCAUGAACAACAAGGAUGUGGCAGCUGAGGCGGUGACUGGAAGUGGCAAGACGUUGGCUUUCGUCAUUCCCAUCUUGGAAAUUCUGCUGAGACAAGAAACGCCGCUCAAGAAAAAAGAGGUUGGUGCCAUUAUUUUAACCCCUACCAGGGAGCUGGCCUUGCAGAUAGAUGAAGUCUUGUCAGACUUUACGGCCUUGCUGCCGUUUACCCAGCAGUUAGUGAUCGGUGGAAGCAACCUGACCAACGACAUCAAACAAAUACAAGAAAAAGGAGCCAACAUUCUCGUUGCUACCCCCGGUCGCUUGGAGGAUCUCUUCCAACGUAAGGAUUUUGGUCUGAAUCUUCCAUCCAUGGUCAGAUCCCUAGAGGUUCUGGUGCUGGACGAGGCUGAUAGACUACUAGACAUGGGCUUCAAAACUAGCAUCAAUAUGAUCCUGAGCUACUUGCCCAAGCAGCGCAGGACGGGUCUCUUCUCAGCGACACAGACUGACGAAGUGGAGGCGUUGAUCCGUGCUGGAUUGAGAAAUCCAGUCCGUAUCACGGUCAAGGAAAAGAAGACGUCGGCUAAUGCUGUUCAGAGAACACCUAUAACACUGAAAAAUUACUAUCUGAUAUGUGAGAGUGACGAGAAAUUCAACUUGUUGGUAGCAUUCCUACGAAAACAUAGGGAUGAGAAGCACAUGAUCUUCUUCAGUACCUGCCACUGCGUGGACUAUUUCUCCAAGGCACUGAGUGAGAUACUCAAGAAGACCACCAUACUCUCCCUGCACGGGAAGAUGAAACGGCGACGGAAUGCCAUAUUCUCAGACUUUAGAAAACUCAACAGUGGUGUGCUUGUAUGUACAGACGUCAUGGCCAGAGGAGUCGACAUUCCUGAAGUCCAUUGGGUGCUGCAGUACGACCCACCCAGCAAUGCAAGUGCCUUUGUUCAUCGUUGCGGGAGGACAGCCAGGAUAGGUAACACAGGCAAUGCAUUGGUUUUCUUGCUGCCAACUGAAGAUGCCUACGUGGAUUUUAUCAAGCUCAAUCAAAAGACACCACUUGAGAGAUACCACGUUCAGGAUGAGGUAGAGACCACAGAUGUACUGCCAAGGCUGAGAAAGAUAGCACAGAAAGACAGGGCAUUAUUUGAAGGUGGGACCAGAGCGUUUGUAUCCUUCGUGCAGGCUUACUCCAAACAUGAGUGCAGUCUAAUCUUCAGAAUAAAAGACCUGGACUUUGCCCGGUUAGCCAGGGGCUUUGCCUUGCUGCGCAUGCCCAGGAUGCCUGAACUCAAGGGCAAAAGCUUUCCUGACUUCCAGACAAUAGACAUUGACUACAGUGCCAUCCCCUACAGGGAAAAAGCCAGAGAGAAACAGAGACAGACCAACAUUAAACGUAAACAAGAGGGUGAUGUGGCUUCCUCAAAGAAGAAAGGUCCCAAGAAAAAAGUCCAACCGUGGUCCAAAAAACAGGAGGUGAAGGAGAAGAGACAGGACAGAAAACAACGAAAAGAGAACUCCAACAAAAAGAAAAGACAACUUGAAGAUGACGACUUGGAUGAACUGAUCAAGGAUGCAAGGCUAGUCAAGAAACUCCGAGCGGGAAAGAUAACGGAUGCUGAUUUUGACAAAGAAAUGGGGCUGGAGGACGACAAGCCAGAAGCAGAAACCCUUGAGUAGGAUGUGAACUGUGGAUAGUCAUCAUCUUGUACAUGUACAGGGUGUCUGAAAAAAACCACCUCAUCCCCGCCCUCUUUUUCACAGCUUUUAAUAGAUACAUUGCAAAUAUCUUUACAUAUUUAGAGAGUAUAGUUCAUGAGCUUUUCAACAGCGAAAAAAAUCUUUCCAAUCGGGUAAAUAUUUAUUGAGCUAUGGCCAAUUCAAAAUAAGUGCCGAUUUUUCAAUCUGUCCACGGUCUCAAUUGUCAUUUUGUUAGGAAUGUAAUGAAGGGUAGUUUUGCUUUCUUUAAUGUUUUAAUCUUUCUUUCUUUAUUUGGCUCAGUUUAUUUUAUAUUUUUUACAACAAUGGUCAUUUAUCCUUUUUGAAGUAAUGGUAAAACUGAAAAGGACUGUUUGAUUAACUUCUUAGAUGUUUACUGUGUUGCUUUGUCUCUGCCCUCUACUCGGCAAGUUUGGGCCCAUGUUCUUAUUGCGGCAGUCAAAAUAUCAGUCGCCGUGGACAAAAUGAAACAGCGGUAUUUGUUUUCAAGUGUUCAAUUGGCCAUAACUCAAUCAAUAUUUCCCCCAUUGGAAAUCUUUUUCGUUGUUGAAAAGCUAAUGGACAAUACUCUCUAUAUAUGUAUAGAUAUUUGCAAUGUACUUUAUUUUUCAAACUGUGAAGAAGAGGGCGCUUUUGAGGGUUCGGUUUCAUUUUAGAUACCCUUGAGUGUCACUUAUGGUGCUUUAUGGUCAAACAGAUCCAGCAUGGUCCAAAUCGAGUUUAUAUUUUACAAAUACCAUCACCUGGAUGAUAAAUUAAUCCGUCGAACAUAAUUUGAAAGGGCCCAUGACAUGAAUUGUACUUGGGAACAUAUUUUGUGCAACUUUCUACUCCACUUAAAUGUGUGAAAACUAUUUGACAUCCGUUUUUGGUUAAAUUUAUUGAAAAGUGCACUUAUUUUAUACAUUUAGUAUAUUAGAACUUCUAUUUAUGUUUUAUUUAAUUUUAAUUAUAUAUUUCCCAGGACCCCAUGGAAGACCACAAGUUAAUGUGAAUGGGUUUUCUUGGUAAAAUAAAAGAUAAUAAUAAUAAUAUUAAUAACCUGUUAAACUGAAGGAUUGAUUUUUGAGUACACUCCCAGUCUUUACAUAGAUCUGAAGCAUUGCAAGUUUUCAAUUUAAAAAUUAUGUUACUGAUUUAAUUAUAGUCUUGUCAUUGAAAAUAGAAUACAUACAUACAUAUGUACACCUGUUUCCCAUGCACAGAGCCUGUUCAUGUAUAAAAGGGCUUGCAUAACCCUAACUCUCAUGAUGAGUGAUUUACUAGGAAUCUUCCUCACUCUUGUAAAAUCCAACACCUACAUGCAUUAUGGUAACCCAGCACCUAAACUGUUGGUAUUGCCUGACCCCCAUGUAUAAAAGCAUAAUCAGUUUACUUGUGCAGUCCUCACUCCAACAGAAUCAAACAAAACAUGCAGUUGGAUUUUGAAGGGUUGGGUGAUUAUGGUUAAUGCAGGAAUACUUAUGUUGCGAAGGAUGUCCAAUUCUUUUCAUGACAACUGAGGGCGUUGUUGCUGUGAUGUCAUUUCAGGAAGACUCUGUUUAGUUUCAGGGUUUUCUGUUCCAAUUGUGAACCCAAAAUUUGCUCAUUGAAAACAUUUGUGAGAAAACGUUGCUCAUUGGCCUACUGUCAUACACUGAAACAACAACAAAUCAACAAAGAAAAGAAAAUUUACGACAGCCAAAUAUCCAAAAUUCUGGCAAGUUUUUUAACAUUAUUAAAGGUUUCUGCUUUAAA